CUGCUAAAAAUUUACAGUGUCAUAAUAGCAAGAUUAAAUAAAAUUGUUAAACACUAAAAAGCGUCAGUAGUUCGCGAAAAACCUUGCAAAAUGGUUCACUCAAUGGUAAAAUGGAUAGACAAAGUAGCCGUAGUAACAGGUGCUAGUGCUGGAAUUGGUGCUUCAAUAGUAGAUGCUCUACUUCAAAAAGGAGUAAUUGUGGUAGGAAUUGCUCGCCGAACCGAACUAAUCGAAGAACGCGCCAAAAAUUUAAUAAAGAAACAAAAACUCUACGCUGUUAAAGCAGACUUAAGUAAAGAAGAAGAUAUUUUAAAUGCUCUGAAAUGGAUUGAAGAUAACGUAGGUCCUUUUCACAUUCUUAUCAACAACGCUGGAACCACCUCAAUGGGUGGCCUUCUCGACACUUCAACCGAAAAUAUGAAGAAAGUCCUCGAUUUGAAUAUUCUAGCCCUGUCUAUAAUAACAAGAGAAACAGUGAAGAUGAUGAAGACCCAUAAAAUCAACGGACAUAUUAUACACAUUAAUAGUAAUCUUGGUCAUCAAGUUCUCACUCACGCUUUGAAUAUAUAUCCAGCGUCUAAAUUUGCUGUAACAGCUCUCACGGAGACGUUGAGACAAGAACUGAAUAGUUUGGGUUUGAAAAUCAAGAUCACCAGUUUGAGUCCAGGUUUGGUUGCUACUGAAUUGACCAGUUUGAAGAAGGAUUUGCCACCGGAAGCUAAAGCUAUGUAUGAAACAAUGGACGCUUUGCAACCUCAAGAUAUAGCUAAUGGGGUAAUUUAUGUUCUUUCGACGCCGGAACAUGUACAGAUCCAUGAAUUGACAAUCUGUCCUUGGUAGCACCUAACUCACAGUGUAGUGAUUAUUAAUUUAGUAAUUGUUGCAAUAUGUCAGAAUUAGAUACGCUCUGGCCCAGUACCGGUGCGACACUUGUGUGGUUGAAAGUCUGGACCCUUUUAUCUUUGUCGGCGUUUCACGUCAAAUCGACGUCCAGAUGUCGAGACCUUUUUUUUUACUAAGUUAGUUUUCACAUAUUGUACAUAUCUAAGUCAGUUAAUAAAUACCUUCGCUAGUGUUAACA